CGAAUGUUAUAAAUAGGAGACUAGAGCCAUUUCUCUUCAUAAGUUAAGACGUUUUACUAUCAAGUGGUAAGUUAUAAACCGCUGUAACGUUUUGGCAAUUGUAUUCUCGCAAAUAUAUAAAGGAGCAAGGUAUUCGAAAGGAGGAUUAGUAUGGCGUUUCUGAAAGUAUUAGUAAAUAUCGGCCUAAUAUUCACCGCCAUAACGGCUCUUCCUGUUGACGGAAAUUCAGAAAAUAACUCGAGCGCGACGGUCAAUUACCGUUUACCAGACAACGUUGUGCCGGUGCACUACGGCAUCGAAUUAAUACCUUACAUUGAAGAGGAUAAUUUUACCUUCGAUGGUAAAUCUCACAUCAUAAUCGAGGUUCGUCGUGCAACGCGAGACUUAAGUUUGCACGCGUUGGACUUGACGAUAAAUGAAGAAGCGACGUCAGUGGUCAGAAGUGACAUAAUUACCUACGCACCGACCGCUCAUAAUUAUAACAAUGAAACACAAAUCUUAACCUUUCAUUUUGAUGACGAGUUACCCCUUGGAAUUUACAGUUUAUAUGUACAAUUCGUCGGUAUUCUAAACGACGAAUUGCAUGGCUUCUUCAGAACAUCAUACAUUAACGAAAACGGAGAUAAAGUGUGA